AUGCAGUCUUUAGAAACCACUACCGAUCGCAUGGACUCACCUCCCAAAGACACUCCUCACAUUGAUGAAGCCGGCAAUUUAGACUCUGAGAAACUCCCUGCCGAAAUUCCUACUAAGCAACCUAAACCUCGAGGAGAUAAAAAAUCACACAGCAGCGAUGUCGAAGCAGGCGAAGAAGAAAAUAACGAAGAAGAAGAAGAAGAAGAAUUGGACGAGUUUGGAAGAGUAAAGCGUCGUAGACAUAAAUUUACAUCAGAACGUAAAGACACCGAAGAUGGCGAAUACGAUGGAGAAGAAGACGACCGAAGACACACUAGAGGAGAUUACGGACAUGAUUCUGGCAGUGAUGGUGAAGGCCGCCCCAGACGUUACCAAUCAAGCCAUCAUAGCCACCAUAGUCAACAGCAACAACAGCACCAUCAACAACAGCACCACAGCCACCACCGCAGACGACGAUCUUCAUCACCACGACGUAGAUAUACUCCAAGAUCCAGACACUCGGAUUCUGAGGAUGAAAAGGAUCAUGACCGUUCAAGACGAAGACGAAGAUCGAGCCAUGGUUACAGAGGACACAGCCCAGAUGCAAGAGAUCCCUAUGCUGCUGCUGCACGUUAUAUUGAUACUGAAUUCUUUCCCACAAAGAUUUAUGUGGGUGAUCUUGAACGGGUUUCCAGAGAUGAACUUGAACAGGCAUUUUCACGGUUUGGACCUAUUCGACAAGUCAGAAUGGUUGAUGGCAAAGAAUAUGGAUUUAUUACUUACGAGGACAAGCCAAGUGCACUUGCUGCUAUUCAGAGUAUGCAUGGUGCAUUGUUGGGUACACGUCGCAUUAAAGUCAAUCGUGCAAAGAUACCAGAGAGAAACAGAGUUGGAUUUGGAAAUGUACCUUGGACAGAUGAAGACGGUGCAUUAGCAAAGGAAGAAAUGCAGAGCUACUCUGCAAGUAGGGAUAUUUCACCCAUUACAAAGCCUGGGGGGCGGAGGAUAAAGAUAAAGAAAGUAAAGGCAAUCUCCAGAUCUCGUUCGUCUAGAUCGCCUUCUCCUGCCCGUCGUCGUCGUUCGCCUGCGUAUAGCCGCUCGCCUAGCCGCUCACGCUCACCCUCACGCUCACCCUCACGUUCACGCUCACGUUCGCCUAGACGACGAAGCUAUUCGCGUUCUUCCCGCGCAGGCAGAGACCGUUCUUUGUCGCCAGUUCGCGCUCGUUCUCGCAGCCCAGUAGCUGCAGCAAAAGGCAAUGGUGUGCUUGUCAUGAACUUGACGCGCAAUGUUACAUCUGAGCAUGUGAGAGAGAUCUUCUCUCAAUAUGGCACAAUUGUCGAGCUCGAAUUUCCUUUCAACAAGCGAUUGGUAAAGCAUAUGUGUACUUUGAAACUGAUGAGGAAGCAAAAAAGGCCAUUAGCCACAUGGAUGGAGGACAAUUGGACGGUAAACAUUUAACAUGCGAGGUUGCUCCUGUCCGCUUGCCUUCUCCACCUCCAGCUCCACGACGCAGAGCAGCAUCUCCUGUCAAUCGUAGAGGUCGUUAUUCAUCACCACCUCCUAGACGUCGCGGAGGAGCUCCUCGUGUAGAUAGUUACAUUGGUAGUGGAAGAAGAUUUUCUCGCAGCAGAUCUCGCAGCCGAUCUCCUGUUCGUCGCGGAAGACGCUAUUCUUAUUCUCGUAGCAGAUCUCCCAGAAGCUACUCACGAAGCAGGAGUUAUUCGGGUAGCAGAAGCAGAAGCUAUGAUAGUUACUCUAGUGGAAGAAGCGACAGUCCUAGACGAGGACGCGGUAGAAGCAUGAGCAGAUCUCCUUCUAGAAGUAAAAGCAGAGACCGAGGAAGAGGAAGACGUUGAAAUUGAUUGAGAAAAAAAAAUACUAUUACUAUCAUUAUUACUAUUGUUUUCUUUUUCUUUCUUUUUUCUUUAUAUAUUUUCUUUUCUCCAUUUACUCAUUUUUCCCUAUUCAUUCUUUUCACUCAUUUAUUCACUCAUUUGCUUCACUUCAUUAUUAAUUUGUGUGCUUGUGCUUGUGCUUGUUUGUAAAUGAUGUUAGAAUGUUGUCCUGUUUUCGACUUCUACUUUCUUCCUAUUUUCUUUCCUGUUUCUUGCUCAAUUUUAUUUUCUUACCCACCUUUUUACUUAAUAAGGGAAAAAAUAAUUCACCCUUGUUGUAACAAUUUGUCUCUUUAUAUUUCUUUGUCAGUUUUAUAUCUGUUACUUUAUCUUUCUUUCUCCACUCUUUCGCUCCUUCACUCCCUCCUCCCUUAUUUCCUAUUCACUUUUUCUUUACAUUUCAACAACAACAUCACCAGCAAAAAAAAAAACUAAAAGAAUGAAAGAAUGAAAGAAUGAAAGAAAAGAAAAUAAAAAAUAAAAAAUAAAGAAUAGGAAAGC